ACUCAGGAUACGUUCGGAACCAACAACUUAUAAGAAAAAUGGCUCGUACCAAGCAAACGGCUCGUAAAUCCACAGGAGGAAAGGCUCCUAGGAAACAGUUGGCUACCAAGGCCGCUCGCAAAAGCGCUCCGGCUACCGGUGGUGUGAAGAAGCCUCAUCGGUAUCGCCCAGGCACCGUCGCUCUACGAGAAAUCCGUCGCUAUCAGAAGUCCACCGAGCUGCUAAUCCGAAAGUUACCCUUCCAACGGUUGGUUCGUGAAAUUGCACAGGAUUUCAAGACGGAUCUUCGCUUCCAGAGUUCAGCCGUCAUGGCCCUGCAGGAAGCCAGCGAGGCAUAUCUGGUGGGACUCUUCGAGGAUACCAACCUGUGCGCGAUCCAUGCCAAACGAGUGACCAUCAUGCCCAAGGACAUUCAGCUGGCCCGUCGCAUCCGUGGAGAGCGAGCUUAAACAG